AUUGCUCCAAGCAAAAUCGCCACCAAAUUUUAAGAAUCUUGGCACCCUUCUAAGAAUCUUCCCAGCUCCCAAACAAACACCAUCUUCCCCUUCUCUCUCCACCUCUCUCGUGUCUGAGCCCUAGAAUUUAUCCAAGUAAACCAAGAUUCCAUUCCUCUUUAAUCUCAGACAACAAAGAAUAAGAAUUCAAUUCCAUGACGAAUCUCAAUGACUCAAAUCUCAAAACCAAUUCAAUUUCGUUCUCCGAUUUCCCAGAAGACGUUCAGCUCUGUAUCCUGUCAUUCCUCACUCCCUCCGAGAUCGCCACUUUCGCCUGCACUUCGAAGCGUUUCGUCUCUCUCUGCCGGAGCGACAACAAGCUCUGGUUCUCUCUCUGCGAUCGCCGUUGGGGAUCCAAAACCCAGAUCAAGAAAUGGGGCAACGGCAAAGUCACCUUCAAACAGCUCUACAAAACCCUAAUCGAGUACGAAGACCUGAUCGGAUUCUGGCGGCGGAGCGGCCACGACAACAACGCCGGAUUCAGCCGUCCUCCGCCUCUCGUGUUCUUCGAAUGGGGCCCCUCGUUCGUCAACGGCUCUAGGGUUUCGCCGUCGAAAACCGGCACCUAUAGGGUCUUAAAGGCUCCAUUUUUGUGGCUAAGUAUCAUGCCCAGUGGUUCACCUGUGAGUUUUCUCGAUCCCGAGUGUAAAUUCGAAUUAUCUAGUGAUUUUGUUAAAUCAGCUGAAUUGGGUUUGCUAGAGAACGAAUUAGUACCAGUUAAUGUUAGUUUUAUGGGGAAGAUUUAUAUGGUUGUUGAGGAAAAUCUGAGCUUUGUGUAUUCGAAUUUGAAUUCGCCGGAGGGAAGGAAAAUUGGGUUUAGGAGGAAUUCGAGUUUGGGGAAUUUGAAGGGAGAGGAUUAUGGGGUUGUGGAGAGUGGGUCCUCAGGGAGCUUACCGGACCGGUUCACAUCGGAGAUUUAUCAGUACUUUGCAAACAGGACAAGUCCAGUUGGGGAGAGGGCGUUGAGGAGGCAGAGGAGGAGAGAGAAGGAGAGGCAGGGGAGGAGGAAGUGGGAGCCAGAGCAUUUCGUGAAGAUUGUUAAUUGCUCGCCAUCGCCAUCGAAACCUUUACAAGGUUUAUGGAAGGGUAUUUGUGAUGACAUGAACUUGGAUUUUUAUCUCGUGGCAUAUGAUGACAUUGGAGGCAUUGCAUGCCGAAGGGUUGGAGACUCGUUUCAGCCUUUCUCCAACUAUUCCCCAGUCUUUUGGACACCAAACACAACAUUCAUUGAGCCUCCAUUUUCAUCUGAAGAAGAAUAUUUAUAUGAUAGUCACAUACAUCUUCGGCCAGUUGCAGCAGCUCUUUCCAUUCAAGGGCAACCACCUUGGAUAGAAAAUGAAGUGGUCUCACGCAUUCUUUACAUUAAUUCAAGUUAUGAUCUGGUAAUUCCAGACCUGGCAGGAGCUUCUGCGAAUCCUCAGCGUGUGGAGGGAAGAAUAUGGCAGUAUAAGAAUGGAACAUUUGGAUUUGGGUUUCUUCGGAACAAUUACAUUAUCGAUCUCAAGCAUAUUGCACAAGAUGGUUGUAUUCUUGAUACAAUGAAAACUUGUAGUGUUUGAUAUCCUUGCUUAGGAUUAUUAUGUACAGAACUUCUUGUAGCUAGAUGCCAUUCAUUUACUGUGGCUGUGUAACAUAAUUACCAUCAAACUAAUAAUAUCGAUUCUUUUAGUUAAUAUAAAUGUCCUUUCAUA